AUGAAGUGUGUGAUUGCAGGGACCCACCUCAGAGUGUUUGGACGAGCAAUACAUGCCAUAGCACGAAUUAGUGAUGAGUUUUGGUUUGACCCAAAUGAAAAAGGUCUUGCUUUAAGAUCAGUGAAUUCUUCUAGGUCAGCAUAUGCAUGUGUCUUCUUUUCAUCUAUGUUUUUUCAAUAUUACUGCUGGACAGCUGAACCUGAACUGUGUCAGAAAAAAAGACAGUUACCUCUUACGUGUAAAUUAGUAAUGAAGUCAGUCCUCCCUGUGUUUAGAUGGCUAAACACGCUAGAAAGGAAUGUAGAGAAGUGCAACAUUUAUACAAAUGUUAAUGAUUGUCAUAUAACUUUUAAGCUCUUCUGCAAACAUGGUAUUGUAAAAACUUAUAACCUGGCUUUUCAUGAAAGUGAACCUUUACAAGCUGUUUUUUCAAGGCAUAUGUGUCCUAAUGUACUGAAGAUCCAAUCAAGGCUGCUGACUGAUAUAAUGAUUCAUUUUCCAACCUAUCAAGAGGAAGUAACUGUAGCUGUUACACCAAUGAAAGUUUGUUUCAAGAGUUACACUGAGGAAGAAAUUGAUUUUUCAAAGGCAAUGCACACUAAAAUACAUCUUAAUCCAGAUGAAUUUGACUACUUUCAAAUUGGAGUAGACUCUGAAGUAACAUUUUGCCUUAAAGAACUGAGGGGUCUACUAGGAUUUGCAGAGGCUACUAGCGCUAGUGUCUCAAUUCAUUUUGAUGUGUCUGGAAAACCAAUUGCUUUCAGUAUUGAGGACAUGAUGGUAGAAGCCAGCUUUGUUUUGGCUACAUUAGCUGACAUUGAAAAUAGGGAAUCCUCUCAGCAAUCUCUAUGCCUUUCACAAAGACAGAAAAGGCCUACCUUGAUGAAGGCCCAUGCAGAUAAUGUUGAAAAUGUCUCAAACAACUCUGCAGAUAAUAAUAGUAAUACAGAAACAAUAGCUUCAAAAAAGCCUUGUUGGACUGAAAGAGCACAUAGCAACACAAAGUUACCUGUAGAGUGUAGGAAACCUCUAUCAAAAGGAGAUGAUAUUAUUCCCAUAAUCUCAAAAAAAGACAUGAACAACAUAGAAGUAUUGGACAUGAGUGCAGCAGGUGACAUUAAAAUUGUGGAGGAAGUAGUACCCUCAUAUUCUGAUCAGUGCAAGGUACAUUCCUAUGCAAUCCACCAAGUCUUACCUAUAGCUAUCUUGAGAAAUAAAACUCACUUUAUUAAAUAUUGCAUUUUCCAGUUUCAUUCACUUUUCUUUGGAGCAGUUUCACUUAAGGAGCAAGAUGUCAUCAGCCACACACUCCAUAGUUUGGCCACAGCUAGUGAUGCCGAAGACGAUUUUGACAAUGAGCAGCUCUCCCAAGUUGUCUAGGGAUAUCUAGUGCCUGUACAACGUUUGCACAGAUGUUUACAUUCUCUUUAGGUAUUAAAGUGUAUUUUACAUGCAUAACAAAUGGCUACAGGCUAUUUUACAAACUUGUUGCAACGUUUCCGUAAUGGAAAUUUCCUAGGGUUUUCUACUAUUUUUAGACUACAUAGAAAUUAGAACAGUAAAUAGAAACUGCUGUUGAUAUUUGUAUUUUAUCUUCUAGCCUUCUACUAGUGUUAGUGAUUUUGAGUUUAACACCUAAGGCGGCUAGAGGUUCAAGCUCUCAAGUGAACAGAGCUUGUUUGAUUGUGCAGUUUCCCUCUUCUGCAAUAAAAAUACACGAAGGUACUGGUUAAAACUCUUCAGUGAUCCGGUGUUUUAUCAUUUCCUGUUAUAGUCACAGGUUAAACAUGUAAAUAUUUUAUAUUCCAACUUAUGUGGAAGUUUAACAAAUAUGUAAUAUGCAUCCAUAAAGCUUUAAGCACAAGUGUUUUACUCUCUGUCAUAACCAUUCUAUGUCAGCCAGUUGUAUGGAUGUGUCAUCUUGAAACGGUUGUUGAAAUUUUCAUUUUCAUAAUUCAGUACUGGUGUAGUGCUGGAUUAAGAAUCUUAGAUUGUCAGGUACACAGGAUAGCCCUAAAAUGGGUUAGGGGUGGUAUUUUAGAGCAGGGGUUCUCAAACUUCAUUGCACCACAACCCCCUUCUGACAACAAAAAUUACUACACAAGCCCCGAAGAGGGGACUGAAGUCUGAACCUGCCUGAGCCCCACUGCCCCAAUUGGCAGGGGCCCAAAGCCAGAGCCCUACCACCCCAGGGUGGGAGGGGCAAAGCCAAACCCCCAAGAGCUUCAGCCCCAGGCAGGGAGCUUGUAACCUGAGCUCCACCACCUAGGGCAGAAGCCCUCCGGCUUUGGCCCCAACCCCAACAAGUCUAAACCAGCCCUGGCAACCCCAUUAAAACAGUGUUAUGUCCUAUUUGGGGUCUCAGCCCAGUUUGAGAAUCACUGUUCUAGAGGCACCAUAGCUGUUACAGGUCACUUGAACUACUGUGUACACUGCUCCAGGAGAAUUAAGGAUAGACAUGUGACAUUCAAAGUACUGGGGGAGCAAACCCAUGCAUUCUAGCUAGGGCUGUCGAUUAACCCUAACCCUAACAAAAAAGUUGAAGUCCAAUUGAAUUUUAUUAAAUAUUUUUGGAUGUUUCUACAUUUUCAAAUAUAUUGAAUUACACAGUACACAAAGUUGAUAGUACUCUAUUAUUUUUAUU